GUAAAAACUUGAAGUGGGUACUCCAUGGUGAUAAAACGUAAACAAUUAGCGAAUUUAGUGAUAAAAUGCAAGAGAAAUGGAUCAAUUGAGUGGUGAUAAGAAGGAACAAAAGAACGGAACUCCCCUGUCGGUGGAUGAGAUUGAGAUUGAAAUUCUGCCCACAAUCUACGCCAUAAUCCGGAGCGUGGAAAAAGAUCCAAUUGACAAACAAAGAGAAUCUCAGGAUUGCAGCCUCAAAUCUUCCAAAAAGGUUCUGGAACUGCAGAAGCGGCUCGAGAGUGUCCGGAAUCAGAUUCGACAGCUGCCCAUUGACCUUAAUAAGGAGGAGCAGCUGCAGAGGCUCGAAACCCUGCGGAAUCAGCUGCUUCUGAAGCAGAAACUCCUCACAAAAUACAAGAACAUCCAGUUCUAGAUAAUGAUCCUCCGGCUGCUGAUGCGCUACCUGGCCAACAAUGAGCAACUCAUUCAGCGUCUCUCCGAAAGCUAUCCCAUCCGUCGUGCUGCCCAGUUGACCCUCUAUGCCUUCUACAGGUCCAAAAUGCUGGCUGAGCAGAAUCACUGGACUCCUGAACGUUUCCGGGCCUUCUUCCGAAACUUCAACAGUAACUUCCGCGAGGAACUGGAGAGCGCCAAGAAAGAGAUGAAGAAUCGCAAAUAAACAUUUUCUAUAAAAUAAAUUUUUAUUUUAGAAAUUUCA